AUGACGACUCAAAAGAAGCCCGGCGGACACUGGAGUGCUGAAAACCCCAUCCCGACGAUCCAGCAAUUCAUGCAAAGCCUGGACAAGGACAAGAAAGAUCGGGAUAAGCAGAUCGACGAAGCUGAAAAAGCACACCAGGAAGCACAAAAGCACCAAUCCCGGGAUCAAAGGCGACUUCCAGGGCGAGAUAAAGAGACGGAGGCGCCUCCUCAUAGUCCUGCGCCGUCAGUCAAGAAUAGAAGACGCACCGUUACCGAUCCAACCACUGGCAGGGAGAUUGAAAUCGACGAUGUGGGAAAAGAACAUAUGAAGGCUGUUGAGGAGCCCAAGGUUUCUCUGCCGCGCGAUUUUCAUGCUGACCGUAAGAAGGACAUACAAACACAACCGGACCAACCGCUGCACGAAUAUAAGCAUAAGCAGGAUAUCACUGCCCCUCCAGAGCCAGUUGCUGAAGGAACAACUUCCGAUGUUCCAAUCCAUGGCGAAAAGACGAACGUGCUGUUCCACCCUACGCCUUCGGUUAGCUAUGAACCCAUGUUCAAGUCCUUGGAGAAGCGUGGCGGUGUACUCUGUAUGGGAGUAUUUUGGGCCAUUUUGAUAGCUGGAAAGUUAGCAGGAGGGGCACUUAAAUGGCUCAUUCCACUAUCGUUUUGUGUUGUGUCCGCUGUAUGGCUCUGGGUUCAGGACGUGAUCCGCAAAGGGAGACAGCAUGAAUGGCAGUCCGAACAGAUACGAGGUCAAACGGCCACAGCAAAUUUACUCCCGGAAUCUGUCGAAUGGCUAAACAGUCUUCUGGAAGUCGCCUGGGGCUUGAUGAAUCCGGACAUGUUCGCCGGCGUCGCCGAUACCAUUGAAGAUGUUAUGCAAGCAUCAGUCCCAGGGAUCAUUGAGAAUGUUCGAAUUGCGGAGAUUGACCAAGGAUCGAAUCCGUUCCGGGUCCUGAGUCUCAGAUCGCUCCCAGAUAGCCAUGUACAGCAAUUGGUGGAUGGCAUGCGGGAGCAUAACCAGAAGACCAAAUCUGCGGAUGAGGCAGCCGCAGAGGAAGAAGGCGGAGAGGUUUAUACGCUUGAAUGCUCAUUCGCAUACCAUGCUAAACCAAGCGGCAACACUUCUUCUGCCAAAGCACAAAACAUGCACAUGAUGCUGGUGUUUUACCUGGGAGUCAAAGGGCUCUUCGGCGUUCCUCUUCCAAUCUUCGCGGAAUUGAUAGAAGUGGUUGGAACCAUCCGGCUUCGCUUACAGCUAACUCCUGAACCGCCGUUUGCGAAAACAUUGACUUUUAGUUUAAUGGGCCUUCCACAUGUUCGAGCCGGCUGCGUCCCUAUGGUUAGGCACGGCGUAAACAUUCUGAAUUUACCGCUAAUAUCCAAUUUCGUCAACUACGCCAUCGGCGCAGCAGCCAGUCUGUACGUCGCGCCAAAGUCCAUGACAAUCGACAUUGCCCAGUUGCUGCAAGGCGACGAUAUCCAAAAGGACACAUUGGCGAUGGGCGUGCUGUGGGUAAGGAUUCACCGUGCAGUAGGGUUGAGCAAGCAAGACAAACGGGGAAGUUAUGGUGGAGGAAGCGAUCCCUACAUCAACCUCUCGUUUUCGAAAUAUGGAAAACCCAUGUAUUGCACAAGAGUUAUCUGCGACGAUCUCAAUCCCGUGUGGGAGGAAUCAGCGGGUCUCCUAGUGAACCCAGAGAUCAUCAAAGCCGACGAACAGCUGAGUAUCGAAUUGUGGGAUUCUGACCGAAAUACGGCCGAUGAUAUCGUAGGCAAGGUUGAGCUGUCUGUUCAGAAAAUGAUGCAACAUCCGGGCAAAAUGUAUCACAUGUCCUCCAAGCUUUGCGGUAUGGAUGCCGGUUCAGAGAUGCCAGGAGAGUUGCAUUGGGAAGUCGGGUAUUUUGGCAAGCCACGCAUGCGAAAAGAGCUUCGAACCGAUGGCAAGAACGAGAGUCUCCCGGACCACAUGAAGGGCAACCCAAAACUGCAGGAUGAAGCUGGAAGUAUUCUGAACGAAGAGCAAGAUGCCGUGAUGCAUACUCCCCCUGAUCCUCUCUGGCCAAGCGGAAUUUGCAGCAUUGUCAUUCAUCAGAUUGUCAACCUGCAAUUUGCAAGGACCAAGGGGACAUUGAAGAAUCGCAAAGGCCACGAGUACGAUCCCGCCAGAGAGUAUGGGGAGAAUACGGACGAAGAAGGGAAAAAUCUGCCAACGAGUUACUGUACGAUCUUGUUGAAUGAUCAGUUGGUCUAUCGAACACGAGCCAAAGCCGUUUCGAGUAAGCCAAUAUUCAACGCCGGAACAGAGCGAUUCAUCAGAGAUUGGCGAUCAGCUAUCGUCACAGUCGCGGUUCGCGAUCAACGGUACCGGGAGCAUGAUCCGAUCCUGGGCGUGGUGCCAUUGAAGCUGUCGGAGAUCUUGCAAUCGCGGUCGCAAGUGACAAGAUGGUACCCACUCGAUGGCGGCGUUGGAUACGGUCGCAUUCGCGUGUCGUUGCUCUUCCGAAGUGUCGAAACUCGGCUCCCACGCCAGAUGUUGGGCUGGGAUGUUGGAACAUUCGAGGUUGUGUCGGAUCGCAUCACCGCCAAGGAUUUCGCCCACAGCGUCAAAGUCAAGUUGCGAACCAGCGGAAGCUCAACCUCAAUUUCUCGCUCAGCGUGCCAUCGCUUGGACACCGGAGACGGAGUAUACAUCGAUGUGAGCUCGGAAGAGGCGAAAAAGAACACUCGAUUGCCCGUUCAGCACCGUUACCGCUCUGCCGUGGUGUUGGAGCUGCACAACGGCUCUACCACAGGCUAUGCUCUCAUUUGGCUCCAAGACAUUCCGGACAAUGAAGAGUUCGCUCUUGAUGUACCAAUAUGGACAACCAAGAAUUCACAGCGACUGACGCAAAAUUAUAUCACGGAGGAUAACUGGGAGCAGAAACGCGAACCUGGUUUGGAAGACUUAGCCAUAGCAGGGCGACUCCAACUCUCGUGUCGCUUCGCUCCCGGCCUAAGCGACGCUCACGAACGCCUUAUUGCAGACAAUAACCUGAGAGAGACAUACGAGAGCUGGGAAGCCUGCAUCGCCGAAGGCGUUCGCAAGCGCCAGGUAUCAGCAGACGUCCCAGAAAACAUCAGACAACUGCACAACAAAUCGCUGAUCAGCGAACGCGACGUGCUCCAGCAUAAUCCCGCAGAAGGCGCGGAAGACCAAGAACAGUGGUUCAAAGACCACGGCCUCGACUGGUCAAUGGCCUUUGGAGACAAUCCCCACGCCCUUGCUGACUUCAGCCAGGUACCAGGCGAUCAGUCGGACACCGCAUCGAUAGGCGAUCAGGAAGAAAAUACCCCGCAGCAUAGCAAAGGCGAACCCGUGAACCAAGCGGACGGCGACCAGCAUACGGAGGAGGACAUGCACGAGAUCGAAUCCAUGACGACGAACACGAAUUCCCAUAGCGGCGAUUUCGAAACGAGAGAAGAUCGACGCCAGCGGGUCGGCAACAAGCAGAACAAGCGCACUGAGAAACGCAAACUUCGCGGGUCCAUGCAAUGGGCACCAGCGCGGAAUGCGGCGUUCGUCAAGGAUGAAGCUACUUUUGCUUUGAAGAAGGUGAAGAACAAGGUUACUGGUGGCUUGACGGGACGGGAGCCUGAUAUUGAAACAGAAAUUGGAUAG